AUGUCUCUGAAGCUACCCCGGAAUUGGGAUUUCAGCACGUUUAGAGCUGAAACAGCAAAAAUAGCGAGGUCCAAGAGCGUGCUUCCAGGGGAGGGAAGUCCAGGCUCCAGCCGAUCUGGACUCAUAAAAUGCUCCAUGGAGAAACCUCUGAAGGCCGGCUGGCUGAAAAAACAAAGAUCCAUCGUGAAGAACUGGCAACUACGCUACUUUGUCCUGAGAGCAAACGGCCUCACCUACUACAAAGAUGACAAGGAGAGCACAGUCCAGGGAACAAUACCGUUAUGGUCAAGUAAAGUCAAUGAACUUCCUUCCAACACUGAUGACAAAUUUCUGUUUGAAAUUGUGCCACGUGGCAGUGGAGAUCGAGAGAAAGAUGCCUAUGUGCUCAUGGCAACAUCUCAGAGCGAAAUGGAGGAAUGGGUGCGCUGCAUUCGCCGGGCGAUGGGUGUGCCCUCCAGUGGAGUGUUUGGUAAGAGCCUUCCAGACAUCAUUGCGUACGAGAAGAAAUUUGGCCCUCACCUUGUGCCUAUCCUGGUAGAGAAGUGUGCCGAUUUCAUCCGUGAGCAUGGCCUCAACGAGGAAGGGAUUUUCCGGCUGCCUGGCCAGGAAAACCAAGUCAAGCAGUUCAGAGAAGCCUUUGAUGCAGGGGAGAGACCUUCGUUUCCAAGUGACACCGAUGUCCAUACGGUGGCGUCCUUGCUCAAACUGUACUUGCGGGAGCUCCCUGAGCCUGUGAUCCCUUGGACUCAAUACCAGGACUUUUUGGACAGUAGUCUCCUCCUGGACCCCAGCACUGCUGCAGGGAGGGAGAGGCUAGAGAAACAAAUCAGUCUCCUUCCAAGGGUAAACUACAGUCUUCUUAGUUAUGUCUGCAGGUUCUUAUAUGAAGUGCAGCAGAACUCAAAGGUAAAUAAAAUGAGUGUGGAAAACCUGGCCACCGUAAUGGGCGUUAACCUCUUCAAACCUCAGGUGGAGGAUGCUAUCAGUAUGAUGAAAGGAACUCCUAUGAUUCAAAAGGUCAUGACUGUGAUGAUCAGACACCACGAGCUGCUCUUCCCUCCAUCUAAGGACAUACCUCCAUCUCCACCACCCAGCAAGAAGACCAAGAGCAAGAAAUCCAACGCCCCUCGCAGCUUUGUGGGCUGGGAGUCUGCAGAGUGUGAGGUUUCCUCAACGUCCGAGUCUCCAGAGGAGGAAGACGCUGACACCCCAGAGACCAAAAGGAGAGAUGCCUGGGCACCUGGGAUAGGUUCAGAGGCCUCACCUUCCUCACCAACCUCUCCCUCGGACUCGUGGAGCCCACGGAAACGCACGCAGACCUUACCCAGUUUGGGUUGCCCCACAGGGACCCGUGCUGGGAUAGAGGCAGCCCGGAACCGCUGGAGUCGAAUUCAAGAAAGUUUUGAAGAAAGCGAUGAGAAGACGUUGUCAGAGGACAUCUUUAAGAUCCUGGACCUCCAGAGUGUGUCCUUGUUCUCUGGGGCGGAGGGAUCAGGGGGAGGAGGACGAGAGAGCAGGAGGGAAAGUGACGUUACGGUUACACAGAUAGAUUCACCAAAAGAGAGCCCAGAACCAAAGCCUGGCUUAGAGGCACCUAGGGAAGAGACAAAACAAAGUCCAGUCAAAGAAGAACCUCCUGGACAUUCACCUGGGUUAACUACUGUUCCAGCACCACAGCCUGUCCAAACACAGGACCAGAAAUUACCAGCUGCUGAAGAUGCCCAGCAACUUAUUCACAGCUUGCAACAGAGAGUUAGUGAGUUGACUGCUACUGUCACAGAGCUACAGUCAACGCUGGAUGCAGAGAAACGCCUCAGAAAUUUGUUAGAGGUUCGCCUACGCAAUGCCGAACGCAGCCGGGACGAGGCACAGCGCCGUAAUGAAGAGCUGGACAGGGAAAUCCAGCAGUUUCUCACUGGAGCAGGCAACAAUAACCGUUAA